UGGGCUCUAUACUGUAGCAUAAUGAAUAGAAGUGGAGUAGCUUAACGUUAAUGCUGUGCUUUGCUAUGUAGCGUUAGCUCAGUGAAUCAGCUGUAAGCUAGCUGCAUCAUUGCUUUUACAGUCAAUGCUACCUUUUAAUAAAUCAAGUAGCAUCAUGGGUAACACUGAGAGUGUGUCGGUGCAGAAGCGGCUGGCCCGCUUUCGCCCGGAGGAGCGGCCUGUGGUGGAGGGGGUCUUCGACAAGCUCCAGGGCGGAGGGGCCCCUUCAGGAGCCCCAGGGAAGACCCCAGCAGGAAAUACUCUAACGCUUGAAAUGCUGCAGUCCUCAAUGGGCAGCGUGGCCCCUGAGUCUAUGGUGAGGAGGGUCUAUCAGUGCAUGUGCAGCAUUGACCCUGGGCUGGCAGCCCCCCCAGCUGCUGGGAGGAGCAGCUCCUCUGCUGCCUCUGGAGUCGGGCGGGAGCAGCUGGUGAUCUUCCUGGCAGACACCCUGAGGGGCACUGCAGAGGAGCGGGCCCCCCUGGUCAGGGCCAUGGCCCAGCGAGGGGCCGGGCCAGUGACUGUGGUCCCCUGUGAGCAGGUAGCAGAGUUCCUGGAGGACCUGAUCUCUACUGUAGUUCAGAUAGUGGUCCACAGAGGGCGCCUGCAGGCCUGGAAGCCAGAGAGGAUGGGGGAUGGCUCUCUGGGGGUCAAGCUGCUGGCAGAGCACAUCUGUUCUGAGCUUAAACCCUCAGAUCAGGGUUGUGAUGAUUCCUGUCUGGAGGACUGGAUCUUCAGGACCCCCCAGGUGUCUUUGUACCUGGAGAUGCUGGUAUCUGAGGGUCUGGAUGUGUCACUCAGUGGCCGGCCGGCCCCCACCCUGCUGCCCCCCUGCAGGGACACUCCUUGGAAAGAUCUCAGGUGUCUGCUGGACCUGCCCUCCCUCAUGUUCCUGGCACCACAGUUGCCGGACAGCUACAACGCCCCCUGGAGACUGGUGUUCUCCACACAGCUGCACGGAGAGAGCUUCUCCAGGAUGGUGACCGGUCUGACCAAGUGUGGCCCCACCCUGCUGCUCAUCAGAGACACAAAGGGCCACAUCUUCGGGGGCUUUGCCUCCCACGCCUGGGAGCUCAGACCUAAGUUCCAGGGUGACUCUAGAUGCUUCCUGUUCACUGUGUUCCCCAGACUGAGAGUUUACACAGCAACAGGAUACAACGAGCACUUCAUGUACCUGAACCAGAACCAGCAGACCAUGCCCAACGGACUGGGUAUGGGGGGCCAGCACGGGUACUUCGGCUUGUGGCUGGACAGUGAUUUUGGCCGCGGUCACAGCCGUGCACGGCCCAGGUGCACCACCUACGGCAGCCCCCAGCUGUCUGAGGAGGAGGACUUCAGCCUGGACUCUGUGGAGGUGUGGGCCGUGGGGAAGCCCCCAGAACCACAGGAGGGCGAGGAGGGACAGGGCAAAAGGAGUAUCCUGGAUAUGGACCCAGAGGCCCAGGCCAUGAUGGAGAUGACGGGGAAGACUCUGCACAGUCAGGGCCUCAGGGAGCCGGAGGAGGAUCAGGAACAGUGAACCAUGUCCCGUCCACCUGGUGCUCACACAAACUUGGAUUUGUCACAUGACAACGCUUGAUAACAUUUAUAUCUCACCUAAAGACAAGUGUGCAGUAUCAAAUAUAGUGAUAUCAGAGGUGUUCCCCUGCCUUUCAUUUAGCAACAAGCUGUUUUGAAUAACACAGCACUGAAAUCAUUCUCUUGUUUACAUGGAUCAGCUGUUACAUAUGGGGUUGGCUAUGGAAGAUGUCAUUAAGACCAGGCUAACAAUGCCUAACGAAGUCUAAAGGCUUCAAACUGGUCUUUAAUGUCAGUGCAGAAGGAGCAAUGAUGUAUGGGUGUGAUAUAAUCAUCUCCAUUCUCUUCUCAUUCAAACUACUGAGGAAAGUAAGCACAGCAAAACUGAAGGUUACACCACUGAUAGCCAUGUUAAAUAACAGUCAAUAUAAAACAUGGAUCUGUCCUGAACGUGAGCCCAUUUUAAGAAAAGUCUAAUGAAAUGCUGUUUGGCAGAAGGUUUUUGGGAGACAGAACCUGACACGGGCCUGUUGUCAGUUUCAUGGUGAACAUGUGUUGAAUGAUAACAUCCUUAUGAUCAGUUGAACUGUCUGAGAAGUUUAGGAGUGACUCAGGGAAUGAGUCCACUACCAGAGAAGAGGUUGACUGUUUAUCAGUUAUUCCUUCAUCGCUCCUCAAACUGACCAAUAGAGGAAUGCCUGUGACAUGUGUCACAGUGACAGACUGUGUUGUGUAUGCAGAUGUGAUGCUGUGCCUUUUAUUUUCUCAUUGUAGUGGUUCAGGUUUGAAUAUCAAGUACAACUAACUGAGGACUUGCAGCAGAUCAACAUGUGUUAUGUAAUGAACAAACGCUUGCAAUACAGUGAAGAAGCAGGCCAGUUUAUCACAGCUCAGAUGUAACACCUAUAUAUUUAUUGUUUAUUUAUCAAAUAUAUUGAUUGAGUAUAUCAAAGAAACAGAAUAACGUGUGGUGGAAGAGUGGUAUCAUGGGAGAUGUUAUAUUGAAUGCAGUCAGCUCCUCCUGGUUAGGAUCCCUUCACAUGUUCAUCCUUUCAAAAGGUUUUAUUAGCCGAGGUCUGUCUCCUCUUGUCAAAAACAAACAGACCCGUGGAUAAAAAGCGGCAGAGCAGUUUCACGUUAUAAAGUGUUUUUAUCCCGGCACUGGCUGCUGCUAAAGCUAGCUCAACUUGCUUUGCUAAAGACUUAAAACAACCAAGAGAUACAAAAAAGUCUAAGAACAAUUCUGGCUCACAAUUUGAUAACAUGGUGACAGCUUCUGGCAGACAAUCGCAAGGCUGAGGUUAGCUUAAAGGGGAUUGGCUAUUACAGGAGACAAUAUGAAACUGACCUUAGCUUUAUUAAAAUAUAAGAUUUCUCCUGGUUGGAAAAUGCUUUGAAACAUUUGGUAUAAUGUGAAAACACAACCCUAAAAAUUAUAUCCAAAACUUAGGUCUAGUGAAUUCAUAUAUUUAUCUGUUUGCUGACCAAUUCAAACUCUAAAAUAUCUGCAGGACAUACUCACAUAAUAGAUCAAAUCAUGAUUAUUACCUCUUACUAUAAUUACAAUUGUCGUAAUAUAGUGAUUCAACUGGAUGUAGGAUUUUGUGUGUGUGUGUGUUUUGAAAACAUUGUUUCAGUGAAUAAAGGAAACACUGCCCCACUGGCUGGAAGGCAGAGCUGCUGGCUGGUGGUUCUCAGCUCAGUGACGACAUGUAUCUUCAUCUGAUCUUGUCUGACUUUGAGUUGUAAAAGUUGACAUGAAAAUAAAUGAGUGGAUCUGAACUAAUCCAAACCUGCUCUGAGACUGAAA